CAUUUAUUGAUUCAUAAACCAUACAGAAUCCUAAUUUAAUUCGGUAUUUAGUGUACAGCUUCCUUUCCAAAAAUCUGAACACUCUUUCAGAUUCUUCGGUUUGCCAGCCAGUCAAUUUGAAUCCUCAAAUUCAAUCAUUUUGCGCAAAUUCUCGUCAUUCCUUAUUUAUUAGAGUUUCCUAUUUUUUCUAUCAAUUGUUUAGAGCAGAAGAAAUGAGUAAUGGAGUUUCAAGCAUCGACACAGUUCCAACCAGAAUUGAGGGGAAGUUUAAGGCAAUGGCGGUUUGUUGGUUUCUUGGACUCGGAUCUCUCGUCUCUUGGAAUAGUAUGCUGACAAUUAGUGAUUAUUACUACAAAAUUUUUCCAGAUUACCACCCUUCAAGAGUCCUCACUCUGGUUUAUCAGCCAUUUGCGAUCGGGUCAAUGGUGGUUCUUGCUUACAAAGAGGCCAAGAUCGAUACAAGGAAAAGAAACAUUUUUGGUUACACCCUUUUCUGCCUAAGCACAUUUGCACUUCUCUUAAUCGAUAUAGCCACAUCAGGGAAAGGAGGGAUUGGGAAUUAUAUAGGUGUGUGCGUGUUUGUUGCUGCUUUUGGAGUUGCAGAUGCUCAUGUUCAAGGUGGAAUGGUUGGGGAUUUAUCCUUCAUGUGCCCUGAGUUUAUGCAGUCAUUCUUCGCUGGCGUGGCUGCUUCGGGAGCCCUAACCUCCGGCUUGAGGCUCGUCACGAAAGCAGCUUUUGAUAAGAAAGAGGAUGGCCUUAGAAAGGGAGUUAUGAUGUUUCUUGCAAUCUCGACGUUCUGUGAGUUUUUGUGUAUAUUCGUCUACACGUUCGUGUUUGGGAAACUGCCUAUUGUGAAGCAUUUCCGGAAGAAGGCAGCGUCAGAAGGGUCGAAGACAGUUACAGCCGAUCUUGCAGCAGCUGGGAUCAAGACUGCAGAUGGCGAAACUGUAGAUGAUGUUAAGCAGGAUAGGUUGAGCAACAAGCAGUUGUUGCUUCAAAACCGUGGUUAUUGUUUCGACCUUUUCCUUAUAUACGUGCUCACUCUAUCAAUUUUCCCUGGCUUCUUGUACGAGAACACGGGUAAACACGGACUAGGCGAUUGGUAUGCGCUUGUCCUAAUAGCAAUGUACAAUGUCUGGGACCUGAUAGCAAGGUACAUUCCUCUGAUCGAUUGCAUAAGGUUGGAAUCAAAAAAGGGUCUUAUGAUAGCAUGCUUGUCGCGUUUCUUGCUCGUUCCUUGCUUCUAUUUCACGGCCAAGUAUGGGGAUCAAGGGUGGAUGAUUUUCUUGGUGUCAUUCCUGGGGCUGAGUAAUGGAUACCUAACUGUUUGCGUCCUCACAGUUGCCCCAAGAGGCUACAAGGCACCAGAGCAAAACGCGCUGGGGAAUUUGUUGGUAGUGUUCCUUCUUGGUGGUAUAUUUGCGGGCGUUGUUCUCGACUGGUUGUGGGCCAUCGGUAAAGGCCCUUUCUAAACGCGUCGUUUUGGUUUGAUGUAUCAUUGGGCAGUGAUCAUCUAUGCAAUUGUCACUCGCACAAAGUAGUCGAAAUGAAUUGGGAAAAGUUGGGAGAUAGUUAAAUGACGUUGUGUUAUAAUUGUACACAUUUGAAGUUGAUGGUCACACCAUUUAUGUCUUUCGUGUAAGAGGAAUUGUAUUGAUAUUAGUAAAAACUUAUUUCCAUCUCA